AUGGGACGUCUUUUUACUGUCCUGGCCUCGCUAAGCACUGUGGCCUUCAGCAAAUAUUUUCUUCCUUUACACCAGGAAGGAGAUGGAGUGUUUAACCGGGCUAAACUGAUGAAUAUAGGAUUUGUUGAAGCACUACAUGAAUACGAUUAUAAGUGUUUUGUCUUUGCUGAUGUAGACCUGGUACCCAUAGAUGAUAGAAACCUCUACAGAUGUUCUGAACAUCCAAGACAUUUGUCAGUGGCUAUAGACAAAUUUAACUAUGUAUUAUCUUCAGUAACGGCCUUUGGUGGGGUCUCCUUACUGUCAGAGGAGCAGUUCUUGAAGGUCAACGGCUUCUCAAACACUUUCUGGGGCUGGGGGGGUGAGGAUAAUGAUCUCUACAACAGAAUCAUCUUUCGAGGAAUGUCCAUAUCUCGGCCAAACUCCAACAUUGCAAAAUACAAGAUGAUCAAACAUCAAAGGGACGUACACAAUGAGGUGAAUCCAAAGAAUGCUAUCAAAGCUAAACAAACAGCAAACAAUAUUGAUACUGAUGGACUGAAUUCCCUAAAUUAUACUGUCAAUGAGAUUCUGAAGGACAUUAUGUACACUUUUAUCACUGUGGAUGUUCAGGCUCCACCAGGUUAAAGGCCAACACUAGAUCCUCGUCUUAAUUGAAGUUAAGAAGUUUUAAAUUGGAAUGGUGACAGACAUAGUUUUGUGUUUAUAUGUAUGUGUUUUUAAGAGCAGCAAAAAUAUGUGAUUAUACCAAUUUGUCCAAUUUAUUUUAAAAAUAAAAUAUCUUCAAUAUACAUCUAUCAUGAAUGAAACUGUACAGUAU